AUGAAUGAUUGUUUGUCCAAGCCCUCACAGCAGAUGCUCUACACCGACCGCGAGGGGCUUACCUCAUCAACGAACGGCACACGCGACUCGGAAUUCUGGUUUGACGAUGGCAACAUUGUUCUGAUUGCAGGAGACGUACGGUUUCUAUUCUACCAAGGCAUCCUGGCCAAACAUUCGCCCGUGUUCAAGGCACUGUUCUCGUUACCUCAACCUUCCCUUCCCGCGUCUGAGCCCCCCAGUCUCCCACAAGUCGCCAUCUCCGACUCCGCAAAUGCCGUGAGACACUUCCUCCGCGUCCUCGUCGUUGGACACCAGUCCUUCUCGCACGGCCGCAACCCCACCUUCGACGAGAUCUCCGCCUGGAUCCGACUGGGCCACAAGUACGAAGUCGAGUCCCUCGUCAAGUGCAGCCUCGACUUCCUCCGCCGCUACUUCUCCGACGACCCCCACCAGUGGUUCGCGCAGACGCUCCUCGCCCCGCCCGGCUGGCAGCCCGCGCACGCGAUCGGCGUCGUCAACCUCGCGCGCCUCACCGGCGCCGCGUGGCUGCUCCCGACCGCGCUCACGGUGUGCUGCACGCUCGGGCCCGAGGUCGUCGACGGCGUCGCGCGCGAGGACGGCGGGCGGGAGACGCUCGCGCCCGCGGACCUCGGCCGGUGCUUCGCGGCGAAGGCGGCGCUCGCCCGGGCGGACGGCGCGAAGGUGCUCGCCGUGUUCCGCGACGAGGUCGCGCCGGGGUGCAGGGCGCGGUGGGCGUGCCGGAGGGUCCUGAGGCGGCUGAUGGGGUGCGUGCUGAGGGGGGACCCACGCACGAAGCGGGUGGAGUGGUACGAGAGCUGGACGCCGUUCGUGGACGAGGUGGACGAUCGGCGGGAGCUGUGUGGGUGGUGCUACAAGAUGGUGACGGAGACGAGGCAGGACGCGCAGGAGAAGGAUGUGUUCAUGAGGUUGCCCGAGAUCAUGGGGGUGAAGGUCGAGGGGUGGGGCAAAGUCUUGAAGAGAGACUCAGUGGACGGGGCGUGA